AGGAGGACUGCUCUGCCGAGUGGAAACGUUUGUUUUCUGUCUCUCUCUCUCUUCCAUUGGAGUGCGCGUGCGCGCGCGCGCUUCUCCUCCAGUCAGCCCAACGCGGUUCCUGAAUAUUCAUGAUAGUGGCUCUGAACGUCAGGACGCAGCGGCGGCUCUUCCUCCUUGUCAGAGAGGCUGCGAGAGAGGAGAGAGGAGAGGAGGGACAGCAUGCCACAUCGCUCGGCUGCAUUUCUCCCACCGACAGCUGAAUCUGCCCCCAACCACUCUCCAGGCUGCGGCGGCGGCUCGGCUCGGCUCGGCGCUGCGAUGGACUGACGGGAGGAGGGAAGCAGCGAAGCAAGGGAGAGAUAGAGAAACGCCGCCUUCUUCUUCUUCCUGUCCUCUUCUCUUAUUUAUUUAUCUUAAAAAGCGAGCUCGUGUUUAUUGGACGCGCCGUGGGUUCGCGUCUUGAGAGCAGGAGAGCUGGGGAAGAGGGGGUGGGGAGAAAGCGGCGACGGCGAGGAAAUGCUUCGGGACAAGCGGCCAUGAGCGGAGAGAAGGAGAGAGGGAGAGUUACCUGCACAAUGAAGGAGACACGUCGGGGUUAAGAGGAGCUGGCGACUUCCCACGUUGCUGGGAGUGGGUGGGGAGGAAGAGAUGUUUUGCAACUGAAGUCCGCUGUUCGGAGGGGAUGCGCCUCCCGUGGCGUCAGUAUUCGCCUGCGUGGCGUAGUGUUUUGGGGGGAGCCGAGCACGUAAAGCUGUCCCUGUUGAAGCCCAUGAACAUAAUAAUAACAACAAUAAGCGUCGUACUCCGGCUUGAGCGACCGUCUCUUCCUUUUUCCCUUUUGUUUUUAUUUGCUAUUUGAAUUGCCCUCGGCUCUUGAACUUCCAUGACUCCGGGCGCAGCCUCCUGAAGCUGUCCGCGGUGCUGAAAUCAACCAGCCGGACGCCGAAGCCUCCGCCACGCCGGGACAACCGCCGGGCUUGACUGGGUCGCUCCGCACCAGAUUUUUUUUUCCCCGCCCCACUCUCUUCACUUUUUUUUUUUUUUUUUUUUUUUUUUACAUGGCUGUGGCACGCAAAAUCAAAACUUUGCUGACCGUCAACAUCCUGGUGUUCGUGGGGAUCAUCCUGUUCUCGGUGUACUGCAGGAUCCAGGACCGAUCCGAGGAGCUCGUCCAGCUGGGUCGCCUCUCCGACCAGAGGCUGAGAGCCAGGAAUGGCAAAGUUUCCAACUUGGUGGACAGGCAGUCGAUUCUUCAGCGGCUGGAGAGGCUGGAGGAUGUGGUCUACAACCAGCUGAACGGUCUGGCGAAGCCAAUGGGGCUGGUGGAGGGACCCGGAGGCCUCGGCCAGGGGGGAGCCGCCGCCACUCUGGGAGAGGACAGCCACGACGCAGAGGGGAAGUACGAGGAGUACGGCUACAACGCUCAGCUCAGCGACCGCAUCUCCCUUGACAGGAGCAUCCCUGACUACAGACCUAAGAAGUGUAAGCAGUUGACGUACCCGGAGGACCUUCCUCAGAUCUCCGUCGUGUUCAUCUUCGUGAACGAGGCGCUGUCGGUGAUCCUCCGCUCCGUCCACAGCGUGGUCAACCACACGCCGGCACACCUGCUGAAGGAGAUCAUUUUGGUAGACGACAACAGUGACAGCGUGGAGCUGAAAUUCAACUUGGACCAGUACGUGAACAAACGCUACCCGGGCCUGGUGAAGAUUGUGAGGAAUAACAAGCGGGAGGGCUUGAUCCGAGCCAGGAUCCACGGCUGGAAUGCCGCCACGUCUCCUGUCGUUGGCUUCUUUGACGCUCACGUCGAGUUCAACACUGGCUGGGCUGAACCCAUCCUGACCCGGAUGAAGGAGGACCACACGCGCAUUAUUCUCCCUGCCAUCGACAACAUCAAGUACAACACCUUUGAGGUGCAGCAGUAUGCCAACGCCGCCCACGGCUACAACUGGGGUUUAUGGUGCAUGUACAUCAUCCCGCCGCAGGAGUGGCUGGACAAGGGCGAUGAGACGGCCCCCAUCAGGACUCCGGCUAUGAUCGGCUGCUCCUUUGUGGUCGACCGGGAAUACUUUGGUGAGAUCGGUCUGCUGGAUCCUGGCAUGGAAGUGUACGGAGGAGAGAACAUCGAGCUGGGCAUGCGGGUAUGGCAGUGCGGGGGCAGCAUGGAGGUCCUGCCGUGCGCCAGGGUCGCCCACAUCGAGCGCACCAAGAAGCCCUACAACAACGACAUCGACUACUACGCCAAACGCAACGCCCUGAGAGCGGCGGAGGUGUGGAUGGAUGAAUACAAAUCCCACGUCUACAUGGCCUGGAACAUUCCCAUGAACAACCCGGGAGUUGAUUUUGGCGAUGUCUCAGAGCGCGUGGCCUUAAGGAAAAGGAUGCAAUGUCGAAGCUUUCGCUGGUACCUGGAGCACGUCUACCCGGAGAUGCGGAUCUACAACAACACCAUCACAUAUGGCGAGGUGAGAAACAGUAAAGCCAGCGGCUACUGCCUGGACCAGGGCUCUGAGGACGACGACAAAGCCAUCCUGUACCCGUGCCACGGCAUGUCCUCCCAGCUCGCCCGCUACUCCACCGAGGGUCUUCUCCAGCUUGGACCCCUGGGGUCCACCACAUUUCUUCCUGACACAAAAUGUCUCGUUGAUGACGGCAGAGGACGAACCCCGAGUCUGAAAAAAUGCGAUGCCGUCUCCAGGAUUUCCCAACGGCUUUGGGAUUUUACGCAGAACGGGCCGAUCAUCAACAGAGACACGGGUCGGUGCUUGGAGGUCGAGAUGUCCAAAGAUGCCAACUUUGGUCUCCGCCUGGUGGUGCAGAGAUGUUCCGGUCAGAAGUGGAUGAUACGGAACUGGAUCAGGCACCCCAGGCACUGAGGAGGCCGUCUUUCCCGGACGCUUUGGCCAGCAUUUCCAAUCGCAGCGGCGGACUGCUGAGGGAGGAGCAGAGAGCGGUUUAUUGCCGCGAGGUGUGGGAUUUCACGCUACGAACUCGCAAAGCACGCCGGCCUCCAACUCGGGCAGCAGAGGUUCCGCUGCGACGAGCCUUAAAGACGAACACGAUCAAUGUACUUGUUCCCCUGGGCUUCUUCCUGCUGCCACAACCUUGGGCAGAGCCGCACUGUUUGAAAUGGCCAACCUCUCUGACAUUCAGCCAUAUAUAUAGAGCACAUCCCCUUUGUGCAGUCCGGUUCAAUACUCUGCGGCUUAGACUCUACUGUAAAACUCUCGCUUCAUGGGAAGAAAAAGAAGAAGAAAAGACAUGCUGGGCUUUUUGGGGCCUAUUGACUUUCACAAGGUGGACUGGGGUAAAUUAGGAGCGAUAAUUGUUAUCAAUGGCCAGAUGAAACUGAGUCUUUCGGGAGUAAUUUGAGGAAGUAGCUGUGGACAUAACGUGCCGCCCUGGCAGGACAUGUAAUGAGCUCCAGAGCUGCUGGCUGUCAUCCAAACAGGAGCGACUUCACCUGUACUCACACUUCUUCGUUUCUGUGGACUGUAUGGCUCACUGUGGACAAAAAAAAAAAAAGAAAGAAAGAAAGAAAGAAAGAAAAGCAAUCAUGUGCCUUUUGUUUAUGAUUUUUCAGCUUCAUCUGACCCGAGAAUGUCAGCCCCAAAAGCAUGUAUAAAGCUAUUUGAAAGUUAAAUUAUAAAAAGUGUAUAAAGACGGUUAAUAAUAGUAAUAUAUUGUAAAAAAGAAA